GUGUCUACCUUGACUGCGCUGCUAAGGCUGCUCCAGCUCGGCGGAGAGGGCUGAUUUUGUGUGGCUGAGGCUGCGCCCGGCGUGGAACUCGGAGGAAGGGUAGCGUGAAAUAAGAAUCAAGUUCCACAAUGACAACCUACUUAGAAUUCAUCCAGCAAAAUGAAGAACGAGAUGGAGUCCGAUUUAGUUGGAAUGUUUGGCCAUCAAGUCGAUUGGAAGCUACAAGAAUGGUGGUUCCGGUUGCAGCCCUGUUUACACCACUGAAAGAGAGACCUGAUUUACCACCUAUUCAAUAUGAACCUGUUCUUUGUAGUAGGACCACUUGCCGUGCAGUUUUGAAUCCUUUAUGCCAAGUGGAUUAUCGAGCAAAACUAUGGGCUUGCAACUUUUGUUAUCAAAGAAAUCAGUUUCCACCUACUUAUGCUGGUAUAUCUGAAAUGAAUCAGCCUGCUGAACUUUUACCUCAGUUUUCUAGCAUUGAAUAUGUAGUUCUGCGUGGUCCUCAGAUGCCUUUGAUAUUCCUCUAUGUGGUUGACACUUGCAUGGAAGAUGAAGAUUUACAAGCUCUAAAAGAGUCCAUGCAGAUGUCGUUAAGUCUUUUACCACCUACAGCUUUGGUUGGACUAAUUACUUUUGGGAGAAUGGUUCAGGUUCAUGAACUGGGUUGUGAAGGCAUUUCAAAAAGCUAUGUCUUCAGAGGAACAAAAGAUCUAUCUGCCAAACAACUGCAGGAAAUGUUGGGGCUCUCUAAAGUGCCAGUCACUCAAGCAACACGUGGUGCUCAGGUGCAGCAGCCGCCUCCUUCUAAUAGAUUCCUACAGCCAGUACAGAAAAUAGACAUGAAUCUCACAGAUCUUCUGGGAGAACUUCAGCGGGAUCCUUGGCCUGUGCCACAGGGAAAGAGACCCUUGCGUUCUUCUGGAGUGGCCCUUUCCAUAGCUGUGGGACUGCUAGAGUGUACUUUUCCCAACACCGGCGCUCGCAUCAUGAUGUUCAUUGGCGGUCCUGCUACUCAGGGGCCUGGAAUGGUGGUUGGAGAUGAAUUGAAGACACCUAUAAGAUCAUGGCAUGACAUUGAAAAAGACAAUGCUAAAUAUGUUAAAAAAGGAACUAAGCACUUUGAAGCACUGGCUAACCGAGCUGCUACAACUGGCCAUGUUAUUGACAUCUACGCAUGUGCGUUAGAUCAGACAGGGCUCCUGGAGAUGAAAUGCUGUCCCAACCUUACUGGCGGUUACAUGGUAAUGGGUGACUCUUUCAACACUUCCUUAUUCAAACAAACUUUUCAGAGAGUCUUUACCAAGGAUAUGCAUGGACAGUUUAAAAUGGGCUUUGGUGGCACAUUAGAAAUAAAGACGUCAAGGGAAAUAAAGAUUUCAGGAGCUAUUGGACCCUGUGUUUCACUUAAUUCUAAAGGACCAUGUGUAUCUGAAAAUGAAAUAGGAACAGGCGGCACUUGCCAGUGGAAGGUAUGCGGACUCAGCCCCACUACAACAUUGGCCAUAUAUUUUGAAGUUGUCAAUCAGCAUAAUGCUCCAAUUCCUCAAGGGGGGCGUGGUGCCAUCCAAUUUGUGACACAGUAUCAGCAUUCAAGUGGGCAGAGACGCAUCCGAGUAACCACCAUUGCUAGAAACUGGGCUGAUGCUCAAACUCAGAUCCAGAACAUCGCUGUGUCUUUUGACCAGGAGGCAGCUGCCAUUCUUAUGGCCCGGCUUGCAAUCUACAGAGCAGAAACGGAGGAAGGGCCAGAUGUGCUCCGAUGGCUGGACAGACAGCUCAUUCGACUGUGUCAGAAAUUUGGAGAAUAUCACAAAGAUGAUCCGGGUUCCUUCAGAUUUUCAGAAACAUUUUCCCUUUAUCCACAGUUUAUGUUUCACUUAAGAAGAUCUCCUUUCUUGCAAGUUUUUAACAAUAGUCCUGAUGAAAGUUCCUAUUAUCGUCACCAUUUUAUGCGUCAAGAUCUGACACAGUCUCUGAUCAUGAUUCAGCCUAUUUUGUAUGCAUAUUCCUUCAGUGGACCACCAGAGCCGGUUCUGCUUGAUAGCAGCAGCAUUCUUGCAGAUCGCAUUCUUCUCAUGGACACAUUCUUCCAGAUCUUGAUUUAUCAUGGGGAGACGAUAGCGCAGUGGCGGAAGUCAGGAUACCAGGACAUGCCGGAAUAUGAAAAUUUCCGCCACCUUCUGCAGGCGCCAAUUGAUGAUGCACAGGAGAUUCUUCAUUCUAGGUUUCCAAUGCCGAGAUACAUUGACACUGAGCAUGGGGGCAGCCAGGCCCGUUUCCUGCUUUCAAAAGUCAAUCCUUCACAGACUCAUAAUAAUAUGUAUGCCUGGGGUCAGGAAUCUGGAGCACCUAUUCUCACUGAUGAUGUUAGUUUACAAGUGUUCAUGGAUCAUCUGAAGAAACUUGCUGUGUCCAGUGCCGCGUGAAAAGCUAGACAUGUCUGGGACACUCUAAAUGAUGAAAUAAUAUUACAAUUAAAAUUGUUUUAAUUUUAUCUGUCAAAAACAACAGAUAUCUUGUUAGACUUUUUUUUUUUUCCAAUUAGCAUGAUUUGAGACAACAUAUGGAAAAAUGUUCACAUUUGUAGAUGAAGCUUAUAUAACAAGAGUAGUAAGAACAAAUUUAUUUUGCUUACCACAGUAUUAUAUCUGGUUUUGGAAAUCUGAGGUCUUUAUAAUUCACUUAUGUUUAAAAGUAUACAAGGAGUCUGCCUUGUACAGCAUAUAGGACUGAUUUAUAUAUUGCAGACAAAUCUAAAAUGACACUGAAUGUCAUUGUUGACAAUUAAAAAUUUUUUUUCUUUUAGCCAUAAAGAACAAAAUGGGUAAUAAUGAUAAAUGUGAACAUUUUUGAUUAUCCAGUGGAUAUUUUCUGUAAUUUUCAGCACCUGCAUAUACACUUUCCUUGUACUUACUCGAUUAUGGCAGAUUUAUUUUUAUGAUUUGUUUAGGAAUUAUUUGACUUUAUAAUACAGUUUUCAUGAAGAUAAUUUAAUGUUUUUGGUUAUUUAGAAAAACAGGUUAGAGAUGAAAAGGUUUUUUUGAGUGUAGCAAUCUCACAACUGACAAUAAAUGUGAAAUUCCUUCAAAAUACACAACUUAGGUGAUAAAAUGAUGUAAGUUAGUCUUUAUUUUUAAUAGGGAGAUUAAUAAUUAAGUAUUUCAUCAGAGUGCGUUUUAGCAAGCCUUUGCAGUAAGAUGCCUGGUGUCACUACUAAAGCAAAUUUUGUUUCACUGCAAGGUUUUGUAGUUUCCCCUUGUUUUACUAAGGUAAAUUUUGCAUUAUAUCCUUCAGUAUUUUUAACACUGUUUUGGGAGUUUACAUAUUACUUUCGUUUCUGCUUUUCUUCUGUGAAAUAUAUUCAGUUAUGGUUCUCACUGAAACAGUAUUACAUAUUGUUUGCUUACUUAUAUCAUGUAGUGAUGCUGUCAUGUCUUGAUGUAUUCAUUAGCAUUAUUCCCUAUUACAGGUUACUUGUAGUGAACAUGCUUAUAUCACUAAGGCAGGAAAUGAUCUGACAAUGAAAUUCACUUGUUGAGUACUGCAGAUAAAGGGGGCACUAUGAUAUAUGCUAGAAAGACACUUUGGAUGAUUGUACUUGCAUGAACAAUCAUGAUAAAGUCAUAAAUAGUUUAUAUGUUAUAUUCAGUUAGCUUAAAUACAUUGCUUUGUUCAGUUUUACUUGAAUUGUACUAUGCUAGGCCUAAAUGCCAACAAAAUAUACUUU